ACCGGAUGUUCUCAUCUUGCGAUACGUUAGUGUCACACUAAUCACUGUCCCCAAAAUGGCGAACAUAGUUGCGUCUUCUGUGGUUGCUGCAGCCGCAGCUGCCGCCGCCAAUAGAGACCCAGCCGUCGACCGGUCUUUACGAUCAGUGUUUGUUGGAAACAUCCCGUAUGAAGCUACAGAGGAGCAGCUGAAAGACAUAUUUUCUGAAGUCGGACUUGUUGUCAGUUUCAGAUUGGUGUAUGACAGAGAGACAGGCAAGCCAAAGGGAUAUGGGUUCUGUGAGUACCAGGACCAGGAGACAGCCCUCAGUGCCAUGCGGAACCUGAACGGGAGAGAGUUCAGUGGUCGAGCUCUUAGAGUUGACAACGCAGCCAGUGAGAAAAACAAGGAAGAACUUAAAAGUUUGGGAACAGGAGCUCCUAUUAUUGAGUCUCCAUAUGGGGACAGCGUUGCUCCAGCGGAGGCUCCAGAGUCCAUCAGCAGAGCUGUGGCCAGUCUCCCACCUGAGCAGAUGUUUGAACUCAUGAAGCAGAUGAAGCUGUGUGUGCAAAACAGUCCCCAGGAAGCAAGGAACAUGUUGCUGCAGAACCCUCAGCUGGCCUAUGCUCUGCUACAGGCUCAGGUCGUAAUGAGAAUCGUCGACCCUGAGAUUGCUCUGAAAAUGCUUCACCGUCAAACAACGGUGCAGCCGUUGGUGUCCAGUGGACAGGGUGGAGGAGCUCCACCUGUCAAUCCUGCUCCUGCUCCUGCUCAGCCCAGCGUUCCGGUGCCUCAGCCUCAGCCUGUGCCUGGCAUGCAUGUCAACGGAGCUCCUCAGAUGAUGCAGCCCCCCAACAUGGGUGUUCCUGGACCAAUGGCAGGACCAGGACCUGGACCCGGACCUGUACCUGGACCUGGACCUGUUGGACCACCAGGAAACCUACAGCAUUCUCCCACAGGACCGACCGGACCAGCUGCUAUUGAGCGGCCUCAAGGACCAGGCGGUAUUCCCCCCAGAGGGCUGCUCGGAGAUGGUCCCAAUGAUCCCAGAGGAGGAACUCUGUUGAAUGUCACCAAUGAUGUCAUCGACCCCAAUCGUCCUUACAUGGGAGCUCCGCCCCCUCACCAAGCUCCGCCUGUACAUAUACCACAAAUGGGAGGUGCCCCCCCUCCAGAAAUGAGGGGACCUCCGAUGGCUGAACCACGACCCAUGAUGAUUGAUCCACGAGGACCCCCAAUGAUGGAGCCUCGAGGACCGCCAAUGGAAACCAGAGGCCGUGAUCCACGGGCGAUGGAUACUCGUGGACCAGUGGCGGGUCAGAGGGUUGCCAUGGUGCAGGGUAUGCAAGGCCCUGUCCCUCAUGGUAUGCCACCAAAUGCUCCUCAAGCUGCAAGACCGGGUCCUGGCCUUUCUGGUGUCCCCCCAUCAGGAGGAGGCUUCAGCCCAGGACAAAGUCAGGUCUCCACACAGGACCAAGAGAAGGCUGCCCUAAUCAUGCAGGUCCUACAGUUGACCUCAGAACAGAUCGCCAUGUUGCCCCCAGAGCAGCGACAGAGCAUCCUCAUCCUCAAAGAGCAGAUUCAGAGAACAGCCAGUGGGGCGCCUUGAUUCUGUCAGGAUGUGCAGACUGUCCUGAUCCACCAGCUUCAACAAGCCUGAAGUCUUCUUUUUUCUUCGUUAUCUGCAUUUUUUCUUCUCAUCUGUUUUGUAUGAAGGUGUAAUGGGUUCAAAACUAAGAGCACCUUCCAUAAGGCUGAUGCUUUUAAACAGCGAGCGGUUGCAAAUGGACCCAAAAAGAUGAAACAAGUUUUCUUUAGAGGGUACUGUUGUCUUAAUUCUGGAUACAAUAAACAAUAAAUAAAACAAGAGAA